UCAGUAAAUAAAGUCCGUGUCGUGGAAACUGUCAUUUUAUCUUCUUUCAUCAUUAUCUACUUUUAUAACACGUCAGCGUUAAGUGUUCUACCUUAAUAAUUACAACGAAAACUCUUGAUUUCAGCAUUUUAUGUUAUUGAGGUCAUUAUCGUGAAAAGUUCUAUCAAAUUGUGUGGACAAAACUGAAAAUCCGGACAUCGAUUGACGAUUUCUUCAGAACGUCAGGAGUCAGUUUCCCAGGUCAAAAUCAAAACAUUGAAAUUCGGUCAAACUGCUGUUCAUUUUAAUGUCUAUUUUGAUUAGACUCUUUACGUAAGAUAAACAAGUGAUCAGAUAUUAGCAGAAAUUGUGUGAACUAAUUUUCAAGAUGGAUUUUACAGGAGAUAUGCCAAUAACAUUAAUUGUGAAAGCCCCAAACCAGAGAAUAGCUGAUCAGAAUGUGGAAUGUACAUUAAGUUGGACUAUCAGAAAAUUAAAAGAACAUUUACAACAUGUUUAUCCUAAUAAACCGAAACAUAAUCAACAAAAAUUGAUAUAUUCUGGUAAAUUAUUAGAAGAUAAUUUGACGUUGAAACAAGUUUUAAGACAGAUUGAUGAAACAUCGAACCAUACAGUACAUUUAGUGUGUUCUUUAUCAGCAGAUAACAUACAUGUUGAUGAUACACAGAAUAAUGAAAAGUCUUCUCCCACUCCUAGCCAAACAUCAUUACCAAGUGAAACUAAUACUACAAGCGAUGGUUUGAGAUAUAGAGGAGGAUCCCUGCCACAAUCUGCUUCUACAUGGUCUUUCCAGCAAAAUAAUCCCACACAGCCAAACAUAUACCCAAACAUGUCUCAGAUGUACCCUGGAAUGCAACAAAUGUAUGCUCAAAUGUAUGGCCAGAUGCCACCUCAAAUGUAUGGUCAGAUGCCACCACAGAUGUAUGGUCAGAUGCCACCCCAGAUGUAUGGUCAGAUGCCACCACAGAUGUAUGGUCAGAUGCCUGGAGCACCUCAAGGUUACAACCAGGAACAGUAUAAUUUAAUGGCACAGCAGAUGUAUGCCCAAUAUAUGACACAAUAUAUGCAAUUUUAUAAUAAUACAACAAUAACUCCGCCUCCUUCCCCGGCUACACCUGUCAAUAAUGAUCCAGCAGCCAAUAUAAACCCUGCUAACAACCAGGCCAAUAGACCAGCCAAUCAGAACAUUCGCAUGAAUGCACAAGGUGGUAUAGUAGAAGAUGAUGAUGAAGAGAAUGAGCAACGUGAUUGGUUGGAUUGUAUAUAUAUUUUUUUCCGAUUUCUCGUCUUAUUAAGUAUCGUGUAUUUCUACUCCACGUUUACCCGUUCAGCAGCUGUGUUCUUGGUCUUCUUUCUUAUCUACUUGCUACAGAAAGGUUGGUUAAUGAUAAAAAGAGCUGAAAGACGUAAUGCUGAUAGAACCCCACCAGUUAAUCCUAAUCCUGUAGCACCUACUGAAACACAAGAUAAUACACAGGACAAUACAGAUGGAUCUAAUGAAGGAGAGGAAUCCUCCGAAACAAGAUCAGAAGAUGAAGUGUCAGCCCCUCCCCCUCCACAACCAGGUGUUCUAGCUACAGCUUGGGUUUUCUUUACCACUUUCUUCUCAUCAUUAAUACCAGAACAACCAGGCGCUGUCAACCAGAACUAGUCCCUCACAUCCAGACAUAUAAGGACUUUAUUUACUGUUGCCUUUCAUAUGCUUUGACCCUUGACCCCACAUUAUUAUAACUUUGUGACGUGUCAUCCAGGAAGUGACAUAUAUACAUGUAGUGGAAUAAUAACAAGCCUUUGUAAAAUAUAUAUGGGGGAUUAUAUUUUCUUACUAUCAUGAUUUGCGAAACUAAAAACCAUUAUUUAAUCCUCGUGUUCGAUCCGCCAGCUGCUGAUGAUGGAGAUUUUAUUUAAGUGGAAUUCACAUUUAAUUUUUCGACACCAGAAGAAUGGAAUCUAUCCUCUAUUUUAUUAUGUAGAUAAAGUGAAAUGUUUUGGAAUACUGUUAUAUUUACGUAUAGCGCUUGACAACAAUUUUAUGGUAGACUUUAAGUGCAUGUAAAUCAGAUAUACAUGGUAUUGUAUGAUAGUAGUAAGUAUUUUUAUUUAUCAUUAGUUUAUAUUAUAAACAUACACUAUUUAGUUUAUAUCGUCUUCCACCAGAUGAACAGUUCUACAAUAUAAUGUGUUUUAAAAUGUUUCUAAGUUUUUUUCAUAGUUUGAUAAACCCUUUUAAUAUUGACCACUGUCAGCUUCUUUAAAAAAAUUAACAGAAAAGUGAUGACUUCAUAUUUAUUGAGUCUUGUGGUUCAUUUUUGAAACUGCCCAAAAGUGCUGCUUUGUAGACUGUCUCAAACUUUCCAUGUUAAAGAAUUAGUGUAUGGUCCUUAAUGUACAGGUACAUCUAGUACACAGUUUUCCACAUGGAUUGGGCAGAUUGAGGUGCUGUAUGGAGCCGUAAUUUCUGCAUGCAUGGAAUUAAUGGUAAAGUUUAGAAUGGCUAACAGUCAUAUUUAUUUCAUACAGUAGUCUAUGUAUCUAAUGUUAUAUCAAUGAUUUACUUUAAUUAUAUGGUGUAAUGAUCGAUACAGUAUCUAUAACUUUUUCCCCUUGCAAAUAAUCCGCAAAUAAUCAUAUAAUAAUAUAGGCUGAAAUAAGUCAAAUUACCAUAUUAUAAUAUAGACUGACAUGAGUCAAAUUACCAUAUAAUAAUAUAGACUUACAUGAGACAAAUAAUUAUAUAAUAAUACCGGUACAUGAUCAUAUAGAUAAUUUUGACAAAUGGAAUAAGCUUUAUUAUACAUGUACAUGUAUGUGAAUGAUGUGUUUUGUGGUCUCUGUAACAUUUUUAAAGCUUAGAAUUAUUUUAAGGACCGAGGGUGAAAACUUACACAUAUAAUUAUUAAAAAGCUAGAAUUCAUAGAUUGAAAUAAAUUGAUGCUGAACUUGGUUAUAAAUAUAAAUUCUCGUCAUGCUGAUUGUCCAUGUAUAUUGACAUGACAUUAAACACCUGUAUCUUUCUAUUCUUUUAUAAUUAUGGUUAAUUUGCCGAUAUAAAUCUGACUUAGAACCUAAUAGUAUUAUUGUAGAUUUAUUAGCCUUCCUCUUUAAGAUUAGUUCGUCUAAAAAGUGAAAUCAUUGAAUUAUUAUUGUAUGUAAUCGUUCUGAGUAGCCAUUACAUUUUUUAAUAUUAUAAAUGUUAAGACUAUUCAGAAUUGAUAAUGAUGUUUUAACUGUGUUGUAAAUAUGUAUAAAAUAAUCGACUACAUGUAUAUAUUGUAGUUAGUAUCCAGUGAUUAGAGUAAAUCCACUAAAUUAUAUCAUAUAAAUUAGUUCAAUUUAUUUUUAUGGUCCUGUAUUUUAUUAUGUGUAAAUGAUGCAUUAACCUGUUAGUACAUGGAAAUUGGAAAAUAAGAAUAUGGACUACUCCAUUUGCAUGAGAAAAAAAAAGAGAAAGGUGAAGUUUUUUUACAUUGAGUUUUGGUAUUGUUGUACAAUUUCGAAACUGCCCUAAAUUAGUACUCCCUGGACCUCCUCAGAGUCAUAGAACUAGUAUACUGUCCUGAAAUAAUUCAGUCAUUUACGUCACUUGAGUGGUUUGAGGCUCUACAGGGAGCACUAGCUUUCAGUCGUUCCGGUUCCAUGUGCUAUACAUGUAGAGUUAAUGCAGAUUAUAUUAUUCAUGUCCUUUGUUACAUUGCCCAGAAUCAAUUCUCGGUUAUUGAAGAAAUUCUCUUUAUUCAGCUCAAUUCGUACUUUAUGUAAAUUGGUGAGAAAAACUGUUUAUCAACUGUAAAUUGUGAGAAAGAGUUUUUAUCAACUGUGCAAACUAAACACAUUUGUCAGCUGAAAUCUGUGCUUUUAGAAAUAAACCCACACAACAGCUGUUCACUUUAUAAAGAUUUGUAUUAAAUAUUUCAAGUGUUUAGCUGCACGAUUGACCCGUUUUCAAAGUUAGAAAUAAAGGCUUAAUUUAUUAAUCCGAUUAUCAUCCAUUAUAUUUGAUAAUUUAAUCGACUACAUCUUUCGUUGACACCAUACAAUAUAUAUACAUGUGAUAUGAUAAUAUUAAUAUCAAAUUACAUCAACAAUAUAUCAACUACAGGUAGAAGACUCUAUUGAUUUUCAUACAUGUGAGUGUAACAUCUGUUUAUCGGACCUACUUUAACACCAAUCUAAUAUAUA